ACAAUGGUCGCUCGACGAUUGCGCACGUUUCUCUCGGAGGCGUUACAUUGUUUCGCUUUGUUCAUUUACCACACUAUCAAGUUUCUUUGGCACAAGGGCAAACGCGAUGGCCGGAACCGGUUACCAGCGAUCCGAGAUCGCAUACUCACCUACUCCGGAACCCAGAUCGCUGCACUCAUUCGAGAGAAGAGGAUCACCUCGGAAGAAGUCGUCAAAGUCUUUAUCGCCAGGAUUCGUGAAGUGAAUCCGAUAAUAAAUGCCGUCGUUAGCGAGAGAUUCGAGCUCGCUUUGGAGGAAGCUCGACGUGCCGACGAGCUCGUCCGCACAUCCACCCCGUCACAGAUCGCCAAGGAGAAACCUCUUCUCGGGGUUCCGAUCACCACGAAGGAAUCGAACUCUGUUGAAGGGCAAUGUGGAGACGUGGGCUCGAUGAUACACAAGGGAGAAAAAUGCCCUCAAGAUGCCGUUUGCAUCCGGAUGCUCCGCUCUGCGGGAGGGAUCCCACUUUGCGCGACGAACGUGCCGGAGCUGGCUUUCUGGUUCGAAACGUCCAACCACACCCAUGGACGAACAAACAACCCUUACGAUGUGAAUAGGACUUGCGGAGGAUCGAGUGGCGGUGAGGGUGCUCUCGUCGCGGCCGCUGGUUCGGUUAUCGGAAUAGGAACCGACGUGUGCGGUUCUAUUCGUAUCCCUUCCGCUUGGUGUGGUCUGUUCGGCCACAAACCGUCACCGGAAGUCGUGGACAUCCAAGGCAUACGCCCCGAUCCGGGUCAUAAAGUGGGCCAAUACGUAUGCAUCGGCCCCAUGGUCCGCUACGCUGAAGAUCUCAGUACUGUUCUCAAACAUCUGUCGAAGAACCCCUCGAAGCUGCAGCUAGACAUUCCGGUAGACAUUUCGAAGCUGAACGUUUUUUAUGCCGAUGAGGAGGGCGCGGCGUAUAUUUCUUCUGUGAGAUCCGACAUGCGUUAUUCCGUUCGGAGAGUUGUCUCGUACCUCGCUGCGACGCAUGGUUGCGACAUACAAGAGAUGAGCACGGAACUCUUCCGCGAUGGGUUCAGCUUCUUCAUGGCCUCACUCGAACGUGACGGCGUAGCGCCGAUGAGAUUCAUGUUCAAGCUACCCCCGAAAGGAAUAAACCCGAAGAGAGAACUGUCCCUGAAGGCCGCAGGGCUUUCGUACCACACUCUAGCGGCUAUAAGAAUGUCCUGGAUUGACAAGAGAUACCGCAAGAAACGCUACGAACAGAGACGUAGGGACGAUCUCAGCAGACUCGAUGAUCUGGAGACCUAUCUGAAUUCUAUGCUCGGCGACAACGGUGUCUUGAUUUUCCCCGGAAUGCUCAGCGCUGCUCCCUUCCACCAUGCGAGCCAAAUCCAUCCGAGAGGCUUCUUGGGGCUUACGGCGCCAUUCAGCGUAAUGAAGAUGCCAGUGACGAUCUGUCCCAUCGGUUUGAACGACGAGGGUAUUCCGCUCUCAGUCGCGAUUGUCGCAAGAAGGAGCCACGACCGGCUCACAAUAGCGGUCGCUCAAGCUCUGGAAAAGGGUUUUGGAGGGUGGCGACCACCGUGUCCAAUCGAUAUACUCGACGACGAAGAUGAAGCCAUGUGAGCGAGACGGAUCUCCGAAAUGCUCUUCAGGCAGACCAGCGCCUCCCGUGAUCAAAGCGGAGCGACCUCUUCGUUCUUGGUGGUUUUCCGCAUAUGUUACGCUACUUUGGGCGCAUUAAAGAAAACGGAGGCGAAAA